CGGACGGCAGAGGGGAAGACGCAGCCAGCCCUCGCAAUCUGUCGCCAACAAUGCCUUCUCGUCUCCGUGACCGAGGCAUCUCUGCAUCAGGAGUGGACUUGGCGACAGUCAAGGAUCCCUCGACGGAUCAUACACGAUGGCGACUCGAAGACGACAAUGGCCGACAGACCUGGCAUUAUUUGACAUCUGAUCAAGACGUCAAAAAGUGGCCUCAAACCACGGCCGACAAAUACCACCUUGGCCUCGACACGGGCCUGCCAACCUUUCCUAAAGCCAAAACUCCUCUCGAGGCAGCAGAGAACGGUCUUAGAUUCUUCUCCAAGCUACAGCUCCCCUCCGGCCAAUGGGCUUGCGAAUAUGGCGGGCCAAUGUUCCUCCUCCCUGGCCUGGUCAUUACCUCAUACGUGACGAACAUGCCAUUUACUCAGGCAGAGCAAACCGAGAUCAUCCGAUACAUAUUCAGCAUCCAAGCCAUCGGCGACAAGAACGAUGGCGCCGGCGGUUGGGGCUUACACGUCGAAGGCAACUCCUCCGUGUUCGGCACUGCGAUGAACUACACGGCUCUUCGACUACUUGGAGUGCCUGAAUCAGAUCCGCGAAUGCGCAAAGCACGACAUUGUCUGUACGGUCUUGGAGGUGCCAUCAAUGGUCCACAUUGGGCGAAGUGGUGGCUUUCCGUGCUGGGAGUCAUGCAGUGGGAUAUUGUCAACCCCGUGCCUCCAGAAUUCUGGUUACUGCCAGAUUGGAUUCCAAUCUCACCCUGGCGCUGGUGGAUUCAUAUGCGUCAGGUCUACCUACCAAUGAGCUACAUCUGGUCGAAGCAAUGGUCAUAUCCCAAGGCCGACUCGGAUCCACUUAUCCGAGCUUUACGACAGGAGCUGUUCACGGCGCCUCACGAGGAGAUCGCUUGGUCGAGAUAUCGAAAUGCCAUCAGUCCGGCGGACAACUACCACCCAAAGACCUGGGUGUUGAAUCUGAUCAAUUGGAUUCUGGUGUUGAUAUGGAUCCCGUUCCUGAGAACCAACUACCUGAUCAAGAAGGCCGAAGCAUUCGCGUGGAAGCUGAUUCAAAUCGAGGAUGCCAAUACCGACUAUGCUUGCCUGGCUCCUGUCAACGCACCUAUGAAUCUUCUGGCUUGCUUCAUCACCGAAGGACCAGAAGCCAAGUCUGUGCACGAACACCGAAGACGUCUGGCGGACUAUCUAUUCAUGUCGCAGAACGGUAUGAUGGCAAACGGGACGAACGGCGUGCAGAAUUGGGACACUGCAUUCCUGAUCCAAGCGGUCGUCGAGUCUGGUCUGGCACACAAACCGGAGCACAAAAAGACCCUCCUCAGAGCGAUGGAGUUCCUGGAAAGCCAACAAUUCCUCGAGCACGUCCAAGGAUACGAGACCUCAAAACUAUACUCCGAUCCUCCCACCUCCAAAGUCGGACCAGAAUUCGGAUACCGCCAUCCUCGCCGCGGCGCCUGGGGUUUCAGCAAUCGCACACAAGGCUAUACCGUGUCAGACUGCACAGCCGAAGCCGUCAAGUCGACCAUGAUGCUCCAAACCAUGCCCGACCUUGUAGACCCCACUAAAAAAGCCUACCCGCAAAUUCUCUCCGACCAGCGCGUUAAAUGGGCCAUUGACAUCCUCCUCACCAUGCAGAACAAAAACGGUUCGUGCAGUUCCUACGAACUCCAGCGUGGAAGUGAGUACCUGGAAUAUCUCAACGCGGCGGAAGUUUUCGGCCGCAUCAUGGUCGAGUAUGGAUAUCCCGAAUGCACGACCGCUUGUGUCACCACCCUCCAUCUCUUCAAGGAGAAAUACCCCUCCUACCGCGCCGCUGAAAUUGAUGUCUUCAUCCGCCGGGCGGUGGAGUGGAUCCGUUCCGACCAGCGCGCUGACGGAUCUUGGUAUGGAAGUUGGGCCAUCUGCUUCACGUACGCGGGUAUGUUCGCGCUCGAGAGUUUACGAACGCAAGGCGAGACGUAUGCGAAUAGUGAGAGGGUGCGGAGGGCGUGUCAAUUCUUUCUGGAUCGUGUGAAUGAAGAUGGAGGCUGGGGCGAGUCGUAUAAGAGCUGCGAGACGGGGAUGUGGAGUCCGCACCCGCAAGGCUCGCAGGUGGUGCAGACCGCUUGGGUCAUCAUCGCGUUACUCGAAGCUGAAUUUCCGGAGCGGGAACCGAUUGAACGGGCGGUGCGGUUGUUGAUGCGUCGACAGCAGGCGAAUGGGGAGUGGUUGCAGGAGGGGAUUGAGGGGGUGUUUAAUAAGAGCUGCAUGAUUUCUUACCCGAACUAUAAGUUUAUUUUCCCGAUCAAGGCGUUGGGGAUGUUUGGGAGGAAGUUUGGGGAUGUGCGGAUGGAUGGGACGGGUUGA